AUGCAGCGCCUUCCACAGGUCCUAAAAUGAGCACACAUUGUUCCACAAUGCCAAAUGCAGGUUUUAUAGAGGAUUGCAGUUACAGGAUUACAGUGGAUAAGACAACUUGGGGUUGAAAUUCUCCAGAAAGAAGACUUUGGUGUUUCAUCAUGAAAAGCUAGUGUUUGAAUUGGGAUAGUGAUUCCUUCUGUUGAAUCUCAGCAAAACAUGGCUGUUUCAGGACUUUUCUAUCCUGUUAUACUAUCAUUCUUCUAUAUGUUCAGAUCAGAGAAAUGUAUUGUUCAGGAAAACAAUGUGUACCUGAAAGAGGUUGAAGAUGGGCAGCCGGUUGGGCUUGAUUGCCCUUUCUAUAGACUAUCUUAUCAGGAACGUAUAAACUAUAGGUUCACCUGGUAUAUAAAGGGAAACAAAACACCUAUAUUGGAAGAACCAUCUUCAAGAAUUCAUCAACGUGAUAAUUUGCUUUGGUUUUUUCCUGUCGUAUAUCAAGAUUCUGGAGCCUAUGAAUGUUUUGCACGUGACAGGAAUUCCACAAGCUGUUACAAAAGCAUUGUCCAAAUAUCAGUUUUCAAUAAAAGUGCUGGCCUUUGUUUUAAUGAGAAAUUCUACGAUGAGCAAGAGAUCCCGUUUUCAUCAACUUCAAAGAUUGUGUGUUAUCAUAUGGAUAAUUUCAGAGAAGGGAUGGCUAAUUUUUCCAUUCAUUGGUAUAAGGGAUGCAUGCCAGUACAAGGAGAACGAUUCCUCUUCGUGAAAGAAGUGCUUAUAAUACGUAACGUGAGAGAAGAGGAUAAAGGAAAAUACCAGUGUAAAGGACAAUACACUUAUCUGGGGAAUAAAUACAACUUUUCAAAGAGCAUUUUGGUGACUGUUAAAGGGAAAAAAGAGAGAAAGCGAACUGAGAUUCUAUACCCCAGAAACAAUACAAUUGAAGCAGAACUUGGAUCCAACGUAUUUACAUGGUGCAAUGUAUCAAGUUAUAAAGACACAUUCAUUUCUAUAUCCUGGAGAGUCAAUAAAACUCUAGUUGAUGUUUUGUUUAAAGGUAGAAUUGAAGAAGGAAUCCAACAAGAGUUUUCUGUUGAUGGAGCACAGAUUUUUAUAGUGUCUUUGAAUAUUACAAAGUUGAAAAAUGAAGAUUAUGGCCGCUUGUUUGUUUGCCAGGCUGGUGAAGUUGCUGCAUACAUCAGAAUACGACGCCCAAGAAAAAAUCUCGCAGGACUUGCUGCAUUGGUGUUGCUAAUACUUGUUCCUAUAUUCAUCUGCAUCUUAUUCAAGAUCGAACUUGUGCUUUGGUAUCGAAAGUCAUGCCAUCCUUUCCUUCACAAAAAAGUUUCAGAUGGGAAGAUCUAUGAUGCGUACGUAUUGUAUCCAAAGACUGACACCCAAGACUGCUUUGCCCUGAAAGUGCUUCCUGAGGUUUUGGAGAAACAGUGUGGGUAUAAUCUGUUUAUACUUGGCAGGGAUGAUAUUCCAGGAAAAGCUCUAGUCAGUGUUGUCGAUGAAACCAUAAAGCAAAGCAGACGGCUGAUAAUUAUCUUAGCCCCAGGACUGCCAAGCUCAGAAGAACAGCACAUAGCUGUGUACCAUGCCCUCAUACCCGAUGGGAUGAAAGUGAUCCUGAUCGAGAUCGAUAAGAUCAAAGACUACAGCAACAUGCCAGAAUCCAUCAGGUAUAUCAAACAGAAGCAGGGAGCCAUCACAUGGAAAGGGGACCUCAAAAAGAGAAGUGCUUACUCUGCAAAUAGCAGGUUCUGGAAAAGGGUCAGGUACCAAAUGCCACCAGAACAACAUGUUUUCCCAGAUGUACCUUUGGUGCCAACACCUCUUGAUGCUCACCAGACAUUAGGAACGUGACCCUUAUGUCAUUUUAGCAAGUUGGGAUAGAGCUGCCUGAAGAACACUUUGGACAUCCUAUAUGGACUCUUACCAUACUGGAGAUGAUUUUUAGCUAAUCAUCAUUUUCAGGUUCAGAAACCACAUGGCAUUUCAAAGGGGCAAGCAGACAAAUCCACUUGAAAGGGCAUGUAUCAUAAAGGUCUGCUGAGCAAUACUUUUUACCAUUUAUCCUCUCUGGGAAAAAAGACUACAACAGAGGUUCUGUGCUUAGCAAAUCUCAGAGCUGCAUGGGUUGCCCUUUGACAAAACUGAAACUCUGAGCUUCUUCAUGUGUACUGACUCUUCCUUCCCUGCCAGAAGCACUGUCAUUGGUAUCUGAGCUUCAUGUUGCCUCACACGGGGGAUUGCAUCUGCAGCCUAGCUUUACAUGGACAACAUCACCCAGCUAGGGCUAUCUACAUGGCACUGCUUAGCUGGACUGUGAGAAGCAUUUCUCUGGUCUUCUGAAGUUGAAAAGUUGUUCUCUAUUGUUUAAACUCUUGAAGAAUGACUUUGAUGGGUCUAGAAUCAUCUGCUGAUGCUCCUUCUCUCUCUCCAAAGUGGUUGAUGGGUAUGCGUAGAGGUCGCUUUAUAUUGUGCAUAUGUACAAUCUUUGCAAAGACCAAAUAACCUCAAAAAGGCCAUAGAAGUUCCAUCUGAUCAGAUGAUGAAACUUUGUACUAUGCAGAACAGUGCCAGGAUCAAUACUGCAUUGUGAAUGGCCUCUCUACCUAUUUUUCAGGUACCCGGCAUUUAAAUGCAAUGGUCUGUGUUUUUUGUAUUCCUCUCACACUGAUCUCUAUUUUCCUUUAUACCCACAUCUAUAUAUACACACCCCAACUUAAAAUAACAUUUCACAACUCUGAUGAAAGUGAUUCCAGUGCUUACUAGCAUGUCAGAUAAAUUUGUAGUGUCUAUGAUGGCACACAAGCAUUGAUCCCUUUUGUAAUAUGUGCUUUCUGUGACUGUUAUUAACAUUAAAUAAUAGUUAGAAACUGUAUUUUUCUGAUGAAAAUGUAGUAUUUGAAGGAGUGAGGUGGUUUUAACAUUAAACUUUGAAUGCUUUUAUUUAGUAAUAUAUUUUAUAAUAAUUUUUAUUGGUCCAGAAGACACAGCAGGAUUCUAAAAUGUGAAAUGGCUUACAUUACCAAUGAGAUUGACCGGUCAUGGAAUACUUGUGAUGAACCAGCAAGGAGACUUUUCUUGGCUUGUUUGGGAAACCUGUUUGGGAAACUCAGGUCCUUUUGAUCCCUUGGUAAACAAGGAUGAGCAAACAUUACUUAGGUGACCCUGCCACAUUCAUUUCAGCAUUCAGGCUGGUUCUGUCUGGCACUCAACAGCCUAUAUUCUGUUGCUCUGCUGAGAGAAACUUGUCCCUGGGUUUGUAAGUGUGCAAAAGGUGCAGCUGUCAGGAAGAAAAAGCCCUUCCAUGAUAAAUAGUGCAUAAUUGCUAAGUGAUGAAGUUGGAUCUUGGUUUGCUAUCCUCUGGGCUUGUGUGUUCCUCCCCACCUCCCCCCAGGCUUUAGGAUGUGUCUUCUUUUGUGUAAGGCAGAAUAUCAGUGCAAAGCAAUGUGGUCAGUUAUGUCAGCCAUAUAUUUCAAUCAGUUUCAUCUGAUUGAGAUCUCAAUCAGUUCAAUUUAUUUAUUUAUUUGAUUUUAUUUGAGAUAUUUCUAGGCCAUCCAUCACUCUGUGUCUCUGGAUGGCUCACAACAAUUCCAUCUCAAUCAGUUUCAUUGCUAUUGUACUCGGGAGAUAGUGCCACCAUGUUUGCCAUAACAACAACAAUAUAGUUGAUCACAGAAUUUAUAUACUAUUAUGAGAAGCAAUGAUCUGAGUUACUAGCAAAUAACAGAGACUACAAACUAAAAUGUUCGGUCCAGUAGUCUCACUGCCCCUUCUGCUCUCCGUCUCUAGAUAUGAUGCAGUCAGCAGCAUAAAUGGAGAGACAUCGUUCCCACAGUUAUGAAAAUAGUUAGUUGAGGAAGUUGACGUGUGAGGGGAGGGCGGAACAGAAGUGGGGGAAGUCAAUAGUGAAAAGGUUUACUUCUUCCCUCAUAGUGCCAGAAGUGGGAUUCUGGGCCCCCCCUCUCAUUACUAUGAGAAGUUGAAUGGUUCAGGGGAGACAAAAGAGCAAAUAAAGCUAAAUUGCAAAAUACUAUGAAAGCCACCAAUGCAGAUGGCUUUAAGAACAGCUACUAUGAGUCCCUGGCUUCAGCCACUAGAUGCUGCUUUCAUUGCUGAAAGGCAGCACCAGGAGAGGACUAGUGUGCUCAUGGCCCAUGUUUGAGGGCUUCCUUUAGCCUUGCCCAUGGGUGACCGGCUUGUCCUAU